UCGGAGAGGGGGCUUUAAUGUUCUCACCUCUGAUUGGCUGGAUCUCCUCGGGCGCGAUUUCUGACGCGGGAAAAAGUGUAAUAGGGGUCGGCUAAACUUGAACAAGUACCACCGUGAGUUUUGCGGAAAGUACCUAGUUUUACCGUAGCACGCGCAGAGGAAUUAUUCAUCUGUUCCACGCUAAAUUGUGCUUUGGAAAUGAAUAUUUUCCCAGCGAAAGGAUCUUUAUAAUUUACUGGAUUACUUCAUAUUAAUCGGUUUGAUUGCAUACAGGAUUUCAAAGUCUGGCACUGGAUACUUUUAUAUGACGCUCUGAUCUCCGGAAGGAUCUCACUAAAUAUUCUCAAAGCACCCAGUUUUUUAUAUAUUUGUUUUCCUCACGAUGACAGACGCCAAGCAUCCUCAAGUGAUUUUUUGCAACGAUUCGCCUAAAAGAGUGCUGGUUUCUGUGAUCAAGACAACUCCCAUUAAGCCGAAAGCUGUGGACUCGAUGAUGCCUACCAGCCCGGGAUUUAGUGAUUUUAUGGUGUAUCCGUGGCGAUGGGGAGAAAAUGCACACAAUGUAACCCUGAGUCCCGGAUCAGGCAACGGAGCGGCGUCACCCCCGAGAAACAGCCCUGCUACAGAUACAGAUGUCGGCUCCUGCACAGAUCACCUCAAGGAUGGGAUCCGACGUGGUCGGCCACGUGCCGAGACAGUGCGUGAGCUCAUCAGCGAGGGCGAGAGCUCCAACAGCCGUAUCCGCUGCAAUGUCUGCAACCGGGUUUUCCCUCGAGAGAAAUCACUGCAGGCACACAAACGGACACACACGGGUGAGAGGCCAUACCUGUGUGAUUAUCCAGACUGUGGGAAGGCCUUUGUCCAGAGCGGCCAGCUGAAAACACACCAGCGACUCCAUACUGGGGAAAAGCCCUUUGUUUGCUCAGAGAAAGGUUGUGGGAGCCGUUUCACUCACGCUAACCGGCACUGCCCUAAGCAUCCUUAUGCCAGGCUGAAGAGAGAGGAGCCUACUGGUGAGCCUGGAAAAUCACAAGGGGCUGACAACAAGGCUGUGGCUGAGUGGUUAUCAAAGUACUGGCAGACACGUGAGCAGAGAACCCCUAUGCAGAGCAAAGGAAAAACCACGAAUAAGGUGACAGCAGAGGAUCAGGAGCAGCAAGACCCUAUGGACUUCCUGCCCUCUGACGAAGGUGAAGAGGACGAGCAGGAUGAGGGGAAGAGCAGUGGAGAGGGGGGAGCUGCUCGCCGGCGCCUCCAGGAGCAGAGAGAGCGGCUUCAUGGAGCAUUGGCUCUUAUUGAGCUAGCCAACAACCUGUCUCCAUAAACUAAACCUUAGGGUUGCAUAUUGCUGGGUAAAUUCUAGCUUAUGUUUAAACCCUAGGAUUUUCACGGCUUGUCUCGUAGCCGACAUAAGCUAAAACGCACCUUAUUUUUGCUUUCAGUUUUAACCUUAGGCUGCUACUAUGGUAGAUUUGUUAUAUGAAGAAUGUUUUCCUUUUUUUUUUUUUCAGCUUAUCAAAGAGAGAGAGAGAAAGAGACGAUCUUUUUUUGUUUUGUAUGUCAUGCACUUUUUUUUGUGGUAACGAGUUUUUUCUCUUUGAGUUGCGUGUGGAAUUGAGCAUGUUUGUAUCAUGUAUAUAGAAGAACUUGGGGGUAUUUGUGUGGUUGCGAUUUGUGCAUUAAGAUGCAGCACUUGUCAUUUAAUGUUGGAAUAAGCAGAUCAGUCAAGAGAAGCCUGCAUGGGCUUUGUGUGAGAGGAGAUACUCAACUCUCUGAUAAGCUGCACCUGAGUUAACACAGUAGAGCAAUUUGUUACACAUGUUCAGUCCACUGCUUUUAUCAUACGUUUGAUGUACUAUGCCUGAGGUUUAGACUGCACAGUAACAUAAACUAACACAAGCUUGGUGAAACUAUAGACAGCUCCAUACCUUUUUUCAACAUACAUCAAUAUUUUAGCUUUUAGUAGCCAGUGUUUUUAUGGUCAUAUUAAAUAAAAUGCACAUUAUUUAGUGUUACUUCAACAUAAAGCAGUUUGGCAGUGGGGUCUUAAAUGGUUGUGUCAGCUUUUAAAGUGAGACUGGAGAAAGAUUUUCCACUUAAAAUCAACAGACAGCACUUGUUUUGGCAGCGAGAAGAGUUUCCAUUUUAUUUUCUGUACUGACGGUGACAUAUUUACUGUUUAACACUACAUUCGGUCGUUUUUUAUUUCUCUCCAAAACCUUUUUUUUUUUUUUUACAUUGUAUCUCACUGAAAAUAUAAACACUUCCAAACUCAGAUAAAACAUUGGAUGAUCAGUACAGUGAAGUUUGUUUGAAUUACAUGAACCCCAAAAAAGUCUAAUUUGGUGAAAGAAAAUUCAAAACUGGAAAAUAUCUUUACUCUUGAACAUCUAAAACAAAAACAGAUUAUAUGAUGUACACCUAAUUAUUGUAUUGUGUUCUUAUAUGUGUAAAUAAAUGAAUAAUAUAUUCCACCAUGUCGUUUGGAAACAUGCACAAUUUCUAAGUUAAAUUCUCAGAAGCAUCUUUUGUGAGGGUUUUUUUGUGUGUGUGCGUGUGACAAAGAAUGUAAAUCAAGUUGUUCAGUCUGUACCAUGGAAAAGUUUGAUGUUUGAAAAAGGACAUUGUAAAUGUACAAAGCAGGCAUUUUUUUUAUUAUUCUGGUUAGUACUGCUGGUUUUCAAUAAACACCAUAAAUGACUGACAA